GCGUACUAUCCGAGUAGAAGAAGUAAGGGAGAGGGGACUUAAGUUACAUGAGAGUUAGUGGGUAAAACGAGGGGAGUGAAGAUACGUAAGCUAGCAGUAACCUACCACUAUGGAGAGAAGUCAAGCGCAGCCACAGCAGCAACAAGGAGAAGGCUCAAACAGAGCAGGGCGAUCUCCUCCAAGAGACAAAGAUGUAGGGCUAACGGAGGAAGCAAGAGUCAAAAUCCUACUGACGAAAUGCUUUGAAGAUGGAGUGAUGCCGGAAGGCCUCAACCAUGGGGAGUUUGUAGUCGAAAAUGGAGUGAGGGUCUUCAAAGUCAACGAAUCGUUAGGCAAGAUGACCACUGCUUGGAUUAAAAAGAGAACUGUCACGGUUAUCUUCCAAGGAGCCGCGCGGGAUCUGUCGUUAAAAAUCAGAGAGGAUUUGAUCCGUGCCUAUGAGAACGGGUGGAUUAGACAACGGAUUUUCGAUAGAGGCGUGCAAAGAGGAAGAAUUCAUGGAGAGGGUCCCAACAUGGUCUCAUACAUUGCCAUGACGGAGGAAAUCGCUCAAUGGAUGAUAGCGAAGGGGUGGGAUAAGGUGUCGAUAGGCUCGGUAUCAUAUCCUAUACUCUUCAAACCGUGGAUGACGAGGAAGGAGUUGGAGGAAAGGAGGAGGGUAGAUGACGAAACCAAGUUUUGGGUGGUUGUGCUAAAGGCGGUAUUUCACAUGCAAGACAUGCUGGAGAAAGCGAUGGGAAAGGUGAUCAAGGCCUAUAAUCCAGAACCGGAUAAGACUAGGCCAAAAUUCAUGAACAGGAAAUAUGAUCUGGUCAAAGAAGCAGAAGCUAACUUUGUACCGGAAUUACCGAUGAAGCUUGAGGACGGGGAGAUUGUCACGAUCAAAGUGGUGUGUAAACACACUCCCUGGUGCGAGAGGUGCAAAUGGUGGUUUCAUACGGCUACGAACGUCUGCCCAAGAUUAGCGGAGCAGAGCAACCACGAACAAGAAGAGGGAGACACGACGGAUAACUUCAACGGGAGAAGGCAAGGGAACGCUUGUCACCAAGACAUCACAGGAUCCAGGAGGCAGCCAGAGACGUUGCUGAAAAUAACGUACAAGGAACUCAUCAAGGGACUCUAUCAAGAUCCGUGGCCCCAAGCGGAAGAGGGAGAUUCACCGAGCAUGGCGUGAAUGGGCAGUCGGGGGAACCGGGACAUGUCCCGAGCAACAACAUGC